GCGACAUCGUAGGGAGGUCUUAUUAAUCCACUGAUAAUUUCUUCUCAUAGCUUUAGCCGAACCUAGAUGUGGCUAGCUCAAUCUCAAGUAAACCCUAGCUAAUGGUAAUACCAAUUGAUAUAGAUUCUUAAUACCAGGGCAACGCCGCUGUACUAGUUGGUUGUUUUGGUUGCAGGUUGGGGGAAUUAUAUCAGGAUUCUUUACUCUGUUUCCUGAUGCCUAGAGAUGCGAUUGUUCUUUCAUUGUCGAAGCCUUAGCGUCAGGACACAGAGCAAAUAAUCCUGAUACAACAGAUGUCUGAGGAGUAUUUGAGAGACGAGUGGAUCCAUGCUACUUGAAACAUUGCACCUUGAAAAUGAAGCAUAUCAACAAGCGGAAUCUUUUCGGCCAGAAUUUGUAGAUCCAAAUGUAGAAUGUUAUAAUGUGGAGCCUGCUCUGCCUAAUGUUAACUUAAUAUGUGGUGACUGGAAUUGGAAAAUGCAGCUAGAAACAUAGAAUGCAGAAUUGAAACUACUGAAGAUUGAUAGACAGAGAGUAGAGAGAGAAGUGAAAAUGUUGGAAGGGAAAGGUUUGGUAGAGGAUACAGAUAUGCCUGUGAAGAUGCAAAUUCAAGCUAUGGCUUCUGCUUCUCAGGCUUUGGAUCUCUAUGAUGUCUUGGACUGUAAAUCCAUUGCUGCUCACAUCAAAAAGGAGUUUGAUAUGAGAUAUGGAGUUGGAUGGCAAUGUGUGGUGGGAUCUAAUUUUGGGUGUUUCUUCACUCAUUCAAAAGGAUCUUUCAUCUACUUCACAUUGGAGACUCUCAAUUUUCUUAUCUUUAAAGGAGCAUCUUCUCCAUCAACAUUUGAAGAGAAAUUGGCUCAUCUUUCUAAUGAUUUCGCCUUCGACAAAAUGAGGCCAUGUUUAGUUUCCAAACAAAACUCAGAAGAAGCCAAUGCAAGAAACAGUUAGGGUAAAAUGUGAUUUAGUAGAAGCAAAAGGAGCACAAGGAAGAAUUUCUAUGUGAUUAUGAAUCUUUGUAAAUGUUGUGCUUUGUGUGAAAAUAGUUGCUGCUUAGUUGUUA